AGAAUUCUUAUAUUUAAUUUCUAGAUUCAACGCUUUUUUUAUUCAUCGGUUCUUGUGAUUCAGUGGAAAAUAUGGACGGUGAAGAUCUUAUCUCAUUCGAUAAUGACGUGCCUACCGGGAUGUUGAUUGAUGUUUCCCCGUUGAAGCCUUCUACCUGGGCUUCGAAGCAGAAGAAGAAUAACAUGAUGAAAAUGCCUUCAUAUUCCACCAUCCUCAAGUCGGAUGAUGAUGAUGCCUUCAUGAAUGUUGAAGCUCCAGCAAUGGAUGAGACUCCGCCCGAUUCUCCUGCAAAGACAGACAAUUGUGCGAGUGGAAGAGCUGUGGGAGAUUUUUCUGUGAUUGCCGAAGAGUCAAAAAAUAUUGUGGCAUGGAUGAAAGAGGCCGAAGUUUUUUCUUUCGGCGAUAAGGUCAAGUGUAAUCCAGCGGCUUACCAUAGUAUUACCAGGAACCCAAUCCCCGCCACCGCACCGAAUUUGGCAGACGUCGUGAAGAGAUACAGGCGUAUUUCUUCUUCGCUUUCCACUCCAGACGCCCAAGCUCAAAAAAACGAAGGGAAUGACGUCGAUUCGAAGCCCCCGAGCAGCACUUCCUCGUUGCGCCAACGACACAGCGUCGUGCAUGACCACACGGGAAGCAUGAGGAAAACCGUGAAAUUUGCCGAUUCGUCUCCAGAGGCCAACAAACGCGACCUAAUGCCGAAAGUGUUGAAAUUGAAUCCACUGCCGAGUCACAACAAAGAGAACCGACCGGAAGGAAAGCCGAUCGCCAGGGUAGGGCCUUUGAAAGCUGUUCGUCCAGUGGCCGCCAUGGUGAGGCCGUCCCCUCUUGCUGGGAAACCAGUAGCGAGUGUCAAACCCAUGGCGGAAAGUAGUAGCGGUGUUGUCAGACCGCCUGUCGUGAAAAGUGCUGUACCUACUUCCGGGAAUGAAAAACCGUCGAGUGGUGUUGGCAAAAGAGUCUCAUAUAGCUUGGAUCGACUGACUGCCGGAGUCAAAGGCUUGAGAACAGCAUCACCUGCCCGGAAACCCGUUUUGCGGAAGCCAGCGGGAUCCGACCCCAAAGCCCAGCCGCCGCUCGGGAGACCUUCGAGAUCCAUUCUUCGAGCGAACAAUAAAUGAAAAACGAAUCAGUAACUUAAAGUGAUGGAUCUGACGCUAACCGUCCGAGGUGCAAUGAUUGUCUUCUCUCCGGGACCAUGUUUAGUUCUCGUUCGGUUUACUAUUACGAUAUUUUUUUAUUGAUAUCGCGUGCCUUGACGCUGAAUGUGAAGAUGUUACUUCGUGUUGUGACGAAUGUGGUCAAGUUGGUUUUGCAUGAAAUGUCGUGUAUACCGCACUAAAAUUGAUGAAGUAAACGUUGGUGUGGAUGAACAUCGUUAGGACCGUACCAGGUGAAGAGGAAGUCUCAAAUGGAUCAAUUAUCAAACGAAAAUUUUUACAAAUGAAGAAGUGCUCCAGAAAGCAAAAGAGCACAUGAAACAAGAAGCACACAAAUGACCAAGCUCAGUAUCAAUUACGCAAAUUCAAUUUACAAUACAUUUAAAUGCACUCAAAUUUUAUGUGAAGGAACAUCAUAGUUCAGUUUACGAAGAAGAAAGUGCCGGAGAAAGC